AUGCAGAUCAUAAAAAGUUUCAUCUGUGUCAACAUUACAGCUCUAUGGUGGUACAGCAUUACUACACAUACCUUGGUCAUAAAGUCUGUCACAGCAAGAAAUCCAUGGGGAGAAUUUCAAUCAACCAACGGAGCUUACAGGAGGGAGGUUACAGAUCAUUUGACUCUUCAGGAUCUUGAAACCUAUUUAGAAAAGACCCUAGAAGAAAGACAAGAUUCUGAACCUUUCCUUUCUCACCAACAUCCAGUAUUCCAUGAUUGUCCUGAAAGAGAUGAUUACUAUGAACUCAUAAAUAGUAUUUUGAAGUCAAAAAUUGAAGAAUGGCCUGGAAUUCUCAAAAAGAUUUUUAAGCAAUAUCCAUUAUACCAGGGCAUCCAUUUCUGGAGAUUUAUUGGUCAACUUUCUGAAUUUAUGUCAACCCCAGCUCUUCAAGUGACUUUGUUUGAAUUGAAUGAACAAAGACAAAAGGAUUGGAAUGGGUAUGGAUCAGGGGACAACUUUGGCUUGACCCGUAAAUUUUUGGAAAGUGGAUGGCAUGAAUUCAUAUUUCUAGAUCAAGCAAUAUCCAGAUGUUCAGAUAACAUGAAGAAGCAUGUGACAUCACUCAAAAAUAACAUAAAGUCUCAAAAAAUUGUGGAUAUAUUUACACAAGAAGCUCAAGAGGAAUUGAGAGAACACAAGAUUCAGCUUGAAUACAAGUGGCCUGUACUUGAACAGAAUGAGCUAUAUAGAUACUGGAUAUUAUACUUGGAGCUCUAUUCAAAAGUGAAAGCUGAUGUCAAAGGAAUGUUGGAGACCCAAUCAAUUCUAACUGGGAUGGUAAAGGGAGGAAAGAUGAUUUCCUUGAAAACAUCUUCUUUACCUUAUGAGCUGAGGCAACCUCUUGACAAUUGGUUGAUGAAGCGUGCCAAUGAAGUUGCAAGUAAAUUGGUACAAUACAUAAAUCUUGCAGAUGAGGAGUGGGUGAAAGUUCUAUUGACACCAAAUUUGAUUGAUUGGUUGACAAUUUGUCCUUUGUGA